GCUACGCUGAGCGGCUGCCAGCUUUUAAGAUGGCGGAAGCCGCCUCCUUUCCAGCCUCCGCUCGGCUUUCUCGCCAGGCCCCCGCCUGGAUCUCACCGUCCGCACUGGAGAGCUGAACAGCUCGGCGCCUGGACCAUGACCGGUGCGGUCUCUUUGCUGUUGCUGCUCCGGAGGAGCUGCCGCCGUGCUCUACGACUGGCGCCACGGGCUUUCCCGGCGGCCGAGCUCCGGGCUCUGCAGAGCGGCUGGCCCAGGACCUGCACAGAGCGCGGUGACGGCGGCCUUCAGAGCCUUCUGUCUCAAGUGCUUUCCCCCACAUCUGGAGGACUUUGUUGGUCGGUAGCAAAAAGCCAGUUUAUCCCCUUCCGACUCUGGAAAUUUCUGCGUGACACUGACUAUUUUUCUACCUCUGGUUCUCAUCGCAAUGGCAGCGGUGGUGAAGGAUCCAAAGGGAAAUCUCCAGAAGAAGAUGAGGAGGAAAAGAGACGCCGGGAGAGGGAGGACCAGAUGUACCGGGAGCGCUUGAGGACCCUCUUUCUCAUUGCCAUCAUCAUGAGCCUGCUAAACUCCUUGAGCACCAGUGGAGGCAACAUAUCCUGGAACGACUUUGUAAAUGAGAUGCUGGCGAAAGGGGAAGUGCAGCGAGUUCAAGUGGUGCCGGAGAGCGACAUUGUGGAAAUCUACUUACAUCCAGGGGCAGUUGUGUUUGGACGGCCUAGGCUUGCCCUGAUGUACAGAAUGCAGGUAGCAAACGUUGACAAGUUUGAGGAGAAGUUGCGGGCAGCUGAGGAAGAGCUGAGCAUUGACCUGAAGGACAGGAUCCCCGUUUCCUACAAGCGCACUGGCUUCUUUGGAAACGCCCUCUACGCCCUGGGGAUGGCUGCUGUGGGUGUUGGCAUCCUGUGGUACAUCUUUCGCCUGGCCGGGAUGGCAGGAAGGGAAGGAGGCUUCAGUGCCUUUAGUCAGCUGAAGAUGGCCCGCUUCACUAUUGUGCAUGGCAAAUCUGGGAAAGGGAUCAGCUUCAAGGAUGUAGCAGGAAUGCACGAGGCCAAAAUGGAGAUCAAGGAAUUUGUGGAUUAUCUGAAGAGCCCAGAUCGUUACCUACAGCUUGGUGCUAAAGUUCCCAAAGGUGCCCUGUUGCUUGGACCACCAGGCUGUGGCAAGACCUUGUUGGCAAAAGCUGUUGCUACUGAGGCCCAGGUGCCAUUCCUGGCGAUAGCUGGCUCUGAGUUUGUGGAGGUGAUAGGAGGACUUGGGGCUGCUCGUGUGCGGAGCCUCUUCAAAGAAGCCCGAGCCCGUGCACCCUGCAUCGUCUACAUUGAUGAAAUUGAUGCUGUGGGGAAGAAACGCUCCACAAACAUGUCUGGCUUCUCCAACACGGAGGAAGAGCAAACCUUAAACCAGCUGCUAGUAGAAAUGGAUGGCAUGGGGACCACUGAUCACGUCAUAGUGCUAGCAUCCACCAACCGGGCAGAUAUCUUGGACAAUGCUCUCAUGAGACCUGGGAGGCUUGACCGCCACAUUUUUAUUGAUCUGCCUACUCUGCAGGAGAGGCGGGAGAUCUUCGAGCAGCACCUGAAGGGCCUGAAGCUGUCUCAGGCUGGCACUUUUUAUUCCCAGCGCUUGGCUGAGCUCACUCCAGGGUUCAGUGGAGCAGACAUAGCCAACAUCUGUAAUGAGGCCGCUCUCCACGCAGCAAGGGAGGGGCAUAAGUCCAUCGACACAUUCAAUUUUGAGUACGCCGUGGAGAGAGUCAUUGCAGGGACUGCUAAAAAGAGCAAAAUCCUGUCGCCAGAGGAGCGGAGAGUCGUGGCAUUUCAUGAAUCAGGUCACACACUUGUAGGCUGGCUGUUGGAGCACACAGAGGCAGCGAUGAAGGUUUCCAUUGCUCCUCGCACCAAUGCUGCUUUGGGCUUCACCCAGAUCCUGCCAAAGGACCAAUACCUCUUUACCAAGGACCAGCUCUUUGAGCGGAUGUGCAUGGCCCUGGGAGGGAGAGUUUCAGAAGCCAUCACCUUUAAUAAAGUCACUACAGGGGCACAGGAUGACCUGAGGAAGGUCACCAAGAUAGCCUAUUCAAUGGUGAAGCAAUAUGGGAUGGCACCCAAUGUUGGAUACUUGUCCUUCCCAGAAAAGGAAAGUACCCCAGGGAUAGGGCGGCGUCCCUUCAGCCACGCACUCCAGCAAAUUAUGGACCAUGAAGCAAAGAUGCUGGUGGCCCAAGCCUACAGGCGCACAGAGACUCUGCUGUUAGAGAAUCGGGACAAACUGAAAGCACUGGCCAAUGCCCUGCUGGAGAAAGAAGUCAUCAACUACAAUGACAUAGAAGCCUUGAUUGGGCCUCCUCCACAUGGGCCCAAGAAAAUGAUUAGCCCUCAGAGCUGGAUUGAGGCCGAGAGGGACAAACAAGAUACGGGAGAUGAAGAGGCACCUCAGUCACCCCAGAGCCGAGAGGAGGAGGAAGAGUUUGACCAGAGACCAGUUUGAAAAUGGCCAAGUGAGAGAAGGGACUGAGCAGCUUCCUUUCUGAACUAGAGGUGCAAAAAGAGUUAUUUCAUGCCUGUGUGUAGGUUGCUCUGCUCAUAUUUUGUGAUGGGCUGUGAGCAGAGUCCAGCUUCCCCUGCUCUAAAAAUGAUCAAGAUGUGGUUGAUGUAUGUGUAUGGGCUCAUCAAAGCUCAUUGGGAAGGGUUCCCAGUGCCUCUGGGUCACCAGGGUUACAGUUAGGGGAAUGUGUGUGGUCAGUCUGGGCAGAACCAGCCUGUGUCACAGUCCUCCCACAAAAGCAGCUGCUGUGCUCUGCUUCAUAUUCUUUUGUUUCUAGUGCCACACACUGCAGUCCUCCUUUGACAUGACAGCAAUAGCUGCAUCACUAGAAGCCGGAGUUUAAUGCUUCUCCCUAGAACCAACAACACAAAUAUUUUCCUGAUUUUUGUGUAUGCCUCUUGAGGUGUAGAAAGUCUGAUGUGGACAAUGGAGAGGUAGAUUUCCUUUGACCUAUGUCACCAUGCCACAAAGCUAUUGGUCCUUUGACCUAUGUAACUCUAACCACAAAGAUAGGGGCAGGCAGAACCCCUGAAUGCUGGUGUGGCUCCCUGGAGUGACUUGGAAGGGAGAGAGAACCCUCAAGCCUUUGGGAGAGUACUCUGGCUGGCUGGUAGCUUCUAGUUCUUACACAAAGGCCAUUAGACUGAAUGUGUCUCUAAAGCAGCUUGUAACAUGAGUUGAGUGGGGGAGGGAUAGACAGUUUCCUGCUGUACAAUAACAGCUGAAGGGAGGUGGAGUGGACAGAGAAAAGGGCUAACUGCAUUUUCAAACACACUCCAUAGAUUAUUUCCAUGAGGACUAUUGUCUGUAUCCUUAUACAACCCUUGUCCAGAUUUUCCUCCACUCUUACCAAUAUUUAACUGGCAGUUCUCAAAACUGCCUCUUUUCUGAGACUACCCUCGUGCAUAAAUGGGAUGAGCGUGCACACAUUUGCACUCUGAAUUGCCUCAACGUGAAGGGAAUUUGCUCUUUAGAACUGCAGCUAUCAAAAUCCCUGGAGAUGUGAUCCUCCUGAAUAUGUAUUUCAACAUGGGAUAUUGCAAUACAACAUAAAGGAAAACCAAGCAUUUCAGCACUGUCUGUAAGCAGUCCCUUUCUCCAUCUCCCCCAGUGGGCCUUGAAAGAAAAGUCAUUGGUGAUCUGUGUGUACCACCUAGUGGUCUAUUGACAAAUUUGUACCAAAUUGUUGUAUAUCUGUGACAAUAUUUAUGGGGCAAUAUGCCAAGUUUCUGAAUCACAGUGGCUGUAAUUUAGCCCAUUUCCCUCCAAGAGGGAGCCAGACUCGCCAGACUCACUGGCAGUAGCUAAGCUUUAGCACAAGGGUAGUUAAUGCUUUGGCUCAUGGAAUUGCAGAGAUGAAAGGGAUCACAAGGGCCACCUAGUCCAGCCCCCUGCAAUGCAGGAAUGUUAGCUAAAUCAUACAUGACAGAUGGCCAUCCUGCAUCUGCUUAAAAACUUCCAUCUAUGGUGGCAUAAUAUUGAAAGAAAUUCUGGAGCAAGAAAGUCAUGUUAAAUUUAAUUGUGCUGGGUCUUGGCAUCUGAAAUGGUUGGUAUGUCUUUCCAGUUGGGUAUUUCUCAAGAAAAUGAAAUUUGAAAAUUGUUCAGUUGAAGAAGUUGUCACUGGGGGAGGGAUGGGGAGAGAGCCACAAGUGUUCCCCACCUUGAUUUUUCCACUUUUCUUAUCUUUCCAAGAGUUCCUGCUCAAUGUAUUUAUAAACCAUGACGUAGCACAAACUGUAAUAAAUGUCUAUCAUCUCAGCUGCUUGUACAUUUCCCAUCUAUUAAAAAAAUGAAAUAAACUUUUACAGAACUCAAA